AUGCCCGUCGACUCGCACGAGGUGUCUCGCGAGUUUGUUGAGAUCAAGACGUCCCUUGAAGAAGAAGGAGGAAAGAUGGGAGAGACUACCUGGAAGGAGUGCCUCAAGCCUGUAACUUACCGGAACUCGAUCGGAUACUAUGCUCCCCAGAUUUUCCAAACCGUUGGUCUGUCUGGAGCUGAUGCUUCUCUGUUCGCUACUGGAAUCUAUGGCAUUGUCAAGUUGAUUUUCACCGCCAUCUCCCUGCUAUUUGUCAUUGACAAGAUUGGCCGACGGUGGGCACAUGUUGGUGGUGGAGCCUGGAUGGCCGUGAUGAUGUUUAUCCUGGCUUCAGUUUUGGCAACUCAUCCUCCCAAGGAGGGUGAAGGUGUCUCAUCUGCGUCCAUCGCCAUGUGUGUCCUCAUUUACCUUUACGCCAUUGCAUACACGGGCUCAUGGGGCCCUAGUCCUUGGAUCGAUGCCAGCGAGAUCUUUCCAACUCACGUCCGCUCUUGUGGUGUGGCUUUUGGAGGCAACUCAGUGGUUAAUCACCUUAAUGUUUUUGGCAGUCUCUGCUUCGGGAUGAGCGUUUUUACCUUUUUCUUUAUGAAGGAGACCAAGGUUCUGACACUUGAGGAGAUUGACCAGCUCUUUGGACUGUCUGAUAUGGAGCAGUUCCAUAACGAUGUUGAGAGGAGAAUGACCAAGCUGGAGGGACUUGAUCCUGUUAUGAAGACUGUGACGGCUGAGGAAGAAAAGGGGGUUGCUAAGCAGGAGGAGAUUAAGUAG